UAUAAAUAACGCCUCCAUUCUGCCUUCUUUUAGGCUUGAGAAACACAACAACUUCUCAGUUCUCCCUCCAUUUUCCCCCUUCUUCUCCCUCCUUUCUUACUGCCUCCUCUUUCUCUCUCCUCUCCAACAACAAUUGUAAACUAGUUAACGGUAAACUUCAGUAGUUAACGGUAAACUUCAGUCAAUAUGGCAAGAUCGUCACUCGAACCUCCUCUUUCACCUAAAUCCACCAUCAAAUUCCUAUGCAGUUAUGGCGGUAAAAUUGUCCCCCGUCAUCCGGACGGCAAGCUCCGUUACCAUGGCGGCCAUACUCGCGUCCUCGCUGUUAUUCCUUCUAUCUCCUUCUCUGAAUUGAUGUUGAAAAUGGGAGAAUUGUGCGGUGAGUCAGUGUAUUUAAGGUGUCAACUACCAUCCGAAGAUCUAGAUGCUCUGGUUUCCAUAAAAUCUGACGAAGAUCUCGCUAAUUUAUUCGAAGAAUACGAUCGUCUUGCUUCGACAUCGUCGAUGAAAGUUAGAGCAUUCCUUUUGCCGAUUCGAUCGUCAAAGAUGACGACCGCUACAACGACAGCUAGUAUUUCACCUCCGGCAUCGCUGAAAUCACUUUCGCCGAAAUCGUUGUCGCCGUCGUCUUCAUUCUCCGCCUCUGGAUAUUCGCCGAGAGUUGUGGCACCAGUGGUGGCGUAUCCAGUCUGCUAUGCGAAAUCCGCUAGCAGAAAUUGUCAACAUUGCAGUCAUAAUUCCGGCCAUAUUUACCUCAUUCACAACGGCAAUCACUGGCAAUAACAAUAAAUUCCAAGUUGAUCGGAUCCUUGAACAAGGAAGAAAACAAAGUUGUAGGAGUACAAGUUAUUAAUUUCUUUUUGAGAAUAUUUCAUUAAAAAAAAGAGUAUAUGAUGCAGUAUAAAUGUAUAAGGAAAAAAAGUGAAAUAUUUUGAUGAUGAUGAUGAUAAUGAGAAUUUUCUUGAGAAGUUUGGAUUAUUGAAUCAAAUUCUCUAUGAACAAAUUGGAUUGAUGGAGAACAAGAGGGAUUCUUGUGUAUGUGAUGUAAAACAUGAUUUGGUUUGUACAUGUUAUAGUGGGAGGAAGGAGGUGGUUGCUCAAAUGCCAUGCAUAUCUUAGCAUGUAUUAUUGGCUCCAAAUCUUGAAUUCGCCGGGGACCUCAUGGGUUCCAUGUCAAAGUGACCCCAUCAAUUGGUGUUUUCAAUUUUUCAUUGAGAAGGGGAGAAAUGCUCAAUGGCCCGUUUACAGCUGGUACAGAAUAAUAAAAUUGACGCGGAGUGGCUUUCAGCAGUUUUUGUUGAUUUGGAAUUUUGAAUAAUGUUCUUAUUUUUGGCACCCCCUGUUAAAGGAGAUGAUGUCAGGAGCAAUUUAUUGUGCAAUGCUCGAAACAAGAGGCUGGAAAUUGGAAAAAAAAUUGAUGGUAAUCCUGUACAUCAUUAGCAUUAUCCUCCUAAGAUAACGUGGAAAAAGGAAACAUAUAUGAGGUGUUAUUUAGUGAUAAAGGGGGCAUUUGAGGUGUUCUUUGGUGAUUGCCCCACCCUGAUUGGUAUUUUUCUCAGCUCACACAAGACGUUUGGAUGUCUUUUCCUUUUCUGGGCAGUUUGUUAGCUGAUCAACUUGUGCUGUUGCCAUCAAAGUGAGGCUGCCAAGUGCCAAGCAAUAUCAUGGAUUGAUCUCCCAAUGGUGUUGCUGCGAAAUAGGCUUCUGGUCUCGGUUAUAAUCUGGGAAGUACAUAGUAAAUUGAAGUAGUUCACUUUCUAGGUUGGUAUGCAUAUGUGCAGAGGGCCAGAAUGUUCCGUAUUUCCCCUAUGAAUUUGAUGGAUAUGGUUGUUCGAAACACGUAAGAGAAAGAUUUCUCCAACAUAUCCUUCUGCAAAAUAUGAGUUCUUUGUCUGCUGAAAGGUCAACAAAAGGUUGCAAAAUGGCUGCUGGGAGGAAGAAAAGGCAGAUGUGGUUGCUCCAACACCAUUCAUAAUUUUAACAUGCAUCUCAAUCGCUCCAAAGUCUGAAGGACCAUAUAUAUGGUAUCAGCCUCAACAAGACCACAGCGACCUGCUGUAUGUAAGUUUAUUUUCAGCCCGAAUGAGAAUGUGACAACAUAUGUGGUGCAGGAGGGUAUUAGAAAGAAUAAAACCAGAGAGACCACGGUAAGAGUUUAGUAGUGUGAUGAGAAAAUGGAGAAGUGUCAUAUCAUUUCACCUAUUGCCUACCGAACUACCAAUCCAGAAUUUUUGUAAUCCACAUAUUGUGCUAUUUGGGGUUGUUGCCUUAUCGGUUUUCUGCCAUCCAUUCAAAGGUUGAUGAAAAAGACGGAUCAAGAUCGAGAUGGAUCAAUAUUACAUCAUCAACAUUAUCUUCCUAGAGAUAAUGUGGAAAAGGAGCAAUAUGUAUGAGGUUAACUUGGCUGUUCCCUCCAAUUAUUAUUGUUUAAUCCACUGUUUGCUUACCUCAAGGGUUUUGGCUGUUCUUUAGUUAUGGACAAAAAGUAAAGCUGAUAUGAGAAGCUUAAGCACCAUGCUUUGUUAUUGGUUAAAGUGUACCUGCACAACGAAUGAUUGUGGGUUUGAAGCGAACACUACGAUCGUAGUUGAAGGUUGGUGAGUUACAAAAAUUAAGAUCAUAUAUACUUUGGAUGACCCGAGAUUGAUGGUGCUCGACAAAAGGCUAGUAGUGAAAUACGGAAUACCAUAUUUGGGAGACCCUCUACAAUACAUAAUUAGUAUGAAGAGGCUUCGAAGGGAUACUAGUCCGGGAUUAAUAUGCAUCCCCUCCGCCUUCUAGCCACAGACUGGAAGCAAGCUAUAGCAGAGUUAAAUGUAAAUGACAAAAAUGAGCUUAGUACAUAUGUCCAACAACAUUACUGAUCGGAUGCAGGGAUUUGAUGAACCAACUGAAAGGGACCACUCUUUAUCUUUGAUGGGAGGGAGGUAAACACCUUAGCUGAUGCUCUGGAUAAAGAAACAAGGAAGAAGAUGCAGAUCAACCAUUAGAUAUCAUUUUGGUCUCUCCUAUAUUUUGUAUGGAAUUAUUUUGAAAGGCAAACAAGAUUGUAAUAGUAAUUCUAGUACUGUUGAUGUAACUAAUCCUCCUACUGUGAGGGGAAACAAUGUGACUAACCAAAACCCCGAAGUUUAAGUAAUGAAGUGACAAUUUCCCAAAAAAAAGAAAAUAAAGCACAAAGGGAUUAAUAUUCUGAUAGGCUCAA